AUGUUUCAGAGCGCACGCCCGGGUCCCCCGGAUCCUAUGUUCACCUUGAAAAAGCUAGCCGAUGGAGAUACAUCGCCUAAUAAGGUCGAUCUCGGAAUCGGUGUCUACAGAAAUGAGCAAGCCGGUUACCAUGAGCUAGAGGCCAUCAAACAGGCUAAAAAGAUUCUGGACGCGCGAAACCCCGGCCAUGAUUAUGAGGUCACAGUUGGAAACCCGACUUUCCUAAAACAUGCAACUCAAUUGAUCUUCGGCUCCUCUAGUAAGGUGUUCCAAGACAAGAAGGUAGCAUCCGUGCAGACGAUCUCGGGAACGGGUGCCAAUCACAUCGGGGCGCUCUUUCUAAGCCGAUCGGCCGAGUUCUCCGGCAAGACCGUCUACAUCGGCAUCCCGGCCUGGGGUAACUACGACCCGAUAUUUAGCCUCGUCGGGCUGGAGAUCGCAAAGUAUAAGUACUAUGACAUCGAACAUGGCGUGUACUUCCCGGAAAUGCUACAGCUGGUGAAAUCGGCUCCGGCGAAGAGUAUCCUCAUCCUUCAAAGCUGUUGCCAUAACCCCACCGGCGCGGAUCUCACGAAGGACCAAUGGGAUCAGUUGGCUGAUGCGUUCAAGGAGAAUGAUGUGCUGCCUUUCUUUGAUAUCGCGUAUCAAGGUCUUGGAGCCGGUAUUGAUGAAGAUGCAUAUGGCAUUCGUCGUUUUGCAGAGCUAGGGCUUGAGUUUGUGGUAGCUCAGUCGUUUGCCAAGAAUUUUGGCUUAUAUGGUGAACGUGCCGGCGUGCUGCAUAUCAUUGGAAAGGACGAAGAGAAUGCUCGAAAUAUAGGCGAUCAAUUGCGUUGCCUGGUCCGAUGGGAGUUCUCGUCGUCUCCUGCUUAUGGUUCCCGAUUGGUGACGAUAAUACUGGAUGAUGCUGGGUUAACCAAGAUAUGGCGUGAUGAGUUGGAUACCAUGAAAGAAAGGCUGCUGUAUAACAGACGGACACUCUACAACGCUGUAGUGAACGAACUUAAGGUUCCUGGGAAUUGGGAAGUCAUAACAUCGACCACAGGUCUAUUCUGCAUUUUACCCAUCACCCCUCAGCAAUGCGUCUUAUUAAGGGAACGACACCACAUCCACCUUCCUGAAAGUGGUCGUAUAAAUGUUGCUGGAUUGAAUAAAUCGAACUUCGACUAUGUCGCAAAGGCUCUUCAAGAUGUAGUAGGGAAUUAA